GAAUGGGAUCAAGUAUCAGCCUAUAGUGGCCGCUCAAUACCCCGACCACGUGCCUAUCCCAUGGACAAUCAAGAUGAUAUGCGUAGCCAUUUCUCGGGAAUGCCAGGAAAGCUGGCGAAACCCAGAUCCAUUGCUGAUGGCCAAUCGCAGCAUAGCUUUUCAAAUAAUUCACAUCGCGGCUAUUUGGGCACCGCAUUUCCAUCGAAUUUAGUUAAUUCACGACCCGAAUUGCGUCAAUCUCGACAGUCACUUGCUGCACCCUCGGAGAGAAUGUCACGUGCCUCCUAUGCCGGUUCAAUACAUGGUGGCGCCGGCGGCAUCGGUGGUGGUGGACCCACAAGUGUGGCGUCUAGUACACGCCGUUCACGGCCGCGUUCUAGAUCACGCGAUCAAUUAAAUGCCACGCAUUUACACAGUCAUCGACCUGGAAGUCGAUACUCUACGGCUGGUUCGACACACACCCUCAACAAUUAUUGCGAUACAUCGGAUAAUUGGACCGAUCACGAUAUGGACAUAUAUAUGGCUAGAAAUCCGACAACACGCAAUGGAUUGGUGCCAUUAUGAGGGCGGGUUAUGCUUUCCUGAUAUUUCGAUGUUGUAUUAAAUUUAGAUGAACUUUUCUGACAAUACGUUACGCCUAAUCGCCAUGGGGAGCGGGAGCGGCGGCAGCGACAACAACAACAGCAACAACAAAGACGUUUGAUUAAAUGUU